ACCAUUUUUCACAUUAUACACAACUAAUCACUAAAAUGGUGAACUUAGUAGCCAUACAACAGCCAUUAAUCAAUUUCUUAAUGAAAUUAGCAGGAGUCCAAACUCAAAAAGUUGAAAUAGAGCCAGGAACCUAUAUGAACUUUUGGGUUCCAAAUGAAACCAUUCAAAAACCAAACAAAAAAACCAAACAAGCCACAACCAACCCAAUUAAACCAAAUAAGCCCGUUGUCGUUUUAAUCCAUGGGUUCGCGGCUGAAGGCAUUGCUACAUGGCAAUUCCAAAUUGGGGGUCUUUCAAAAAAAUACUCGGUUUACGUACCUGAUCUUCUGUUUUUUGGCGGGUCGUUUUCUGAUAGUAGUGAUCGGUCACCCCGGUUUCAAGCAGAGUGUUUGGUUACGGCGUUAAGAAAGUUGGGUGUUGAGAAGUGUGUACUAGUUGGGUUUAGUUAUGGUGGGAUGGUCGCGUUCAAAAUGGCAGAAUUAUACCCGGAAAUGGUUAAAGCUAUGGUCAUUUCGGGCUCUAUACUUGCUAUGACUGACUCACUUACUCAAGAAACAAUGAAAGAGUUGGGAUUUUCGUCUUCCUCGGAACUUUUGUUGCCAGAUUCGGUCAAGGGUUUGAAGACACUUUUAUCGGUUGCUACACAUAAGAAACUUUGGUUCCCUGAUCGCCUUCAUAAGGAUUACCUCGAGGUGAUGUUUAACAACAGAAAGGAAAGGGCAGAGCUAUUGGAGGGACUCAUAGUUAGCAACAAAGAAGACAUUCCACAUUUCCCACAAAAGAUACAUCUUCUAUGGGGCGAGAAUGAUCAAAUAUUCAAGAUGGAACUAGCUCAAAACAUGAAACAGCAACUAGGAGAAAAUACGACCGUCGAGGGUAUAAGUAAGGCAGGCCAUCUUGUCCACAUAGAACGACCAUGCGUCUAUACCCGGUGUAUAAAGAAGUUCCUUGACUCCCUACCAGCAGAAGAUGAACCAAAAAAAUAAACUUGUACCGGCCAGAUUACUGUAUCUAUAUACUAAGUCAUAUAUAUCAUGUUUUGUGCCUUAAAUGUCAUGAAUGUUUAUUGAAGUGAA